AUGUUCUACGGCACUGCCACUUUUGAGCGGCGGCGAUGUUCACGCGUCGAUGAAGAAGCACAGCCGAUCAGUGGUCUGUUCAUGCAACGAAUCAUCGCACCCGCUGAGUCCUGGAUUCAGAGCACAUUCACGACGAGCCCGCAGAACCACGCUCCUCAAGGACCCAUGCUGGUGGUGGAACUCUACAGGAGGUUAGAUAACGGCAGCUCGAGCAAGCUGGCUCACAUACUGGGCGGUUGUACCAUCGAUCCUCGGUGCGAGUCGCGGCGAUCCUCCAUGGUAGGGUCGAGGCGGCAAUCUCAGCAUAUGGACCACGCGGCCGAUUCGCUUGGAUUGCUCUUGAGCCAUUUGGACGCCCAGUACGAGAGUUAUUUGAAGUGCGAGGUCAAGCAAGAGAGCGCGGCGAUGCCAUCAUUCAGCCUUUUUAACGAGGAAGCGGUUGGGUAUAGAGCGAUGACCUGGUCAUGCAGGGACGCGGGGGUUUUCCUCGACGAUCGUGCAGUGGUCCAGUGUUUGUAUGCAACAGUGCCACCGGACCCUCCGUCAAUAGACCAAUCACCGAAUGGUGUCUAA